AUGGGUUUCGACUUCGGCAACGGCGACCUCCUCGCCGCGCUGCAGUUCGUCAAGACACUAGGCAGGCGCUUCGUCGAUGCGCCGAAUGAGUUCCAAGCGCUGUCCCAAGAGGUAAAACGCCUCUCUACUGUUCUCCAGGCCAUCGACGACCUAGACCCACAGGAUGCGCUUGAAGAUCGACAGAAACAACGACUGAACCGAAUUUCGCGAGAGUGUGGAGAUGCGCUGGACGAGCUUUGGCGAUUGUUGGAUCAGUACCAACAGGUCAAUCGGGAUGACGAAGAGCACUGCGAUGCCGGUACCCGAACGCGCACGUCUCGCUCCCUGCGGGUCUGGAGGCAAGUUCCAUGCAAGGCGACCGAGACACGGGAAGUUCAGAAAAGGCUGCAGGCGGUAAUAGAUCGGUUUAAUGGAUUUCUAGUUGAUGUGAACGUGUAA